AUGUCUGGAGUUGCACUGAUUACGGGAGCCUCCCGAGGCAUUGGACGCGCUAUUGCAAUUCGGCUUGCAAAAGAUGGAUUCAGAGUUGCUAUCAAUGACCUCAUAUCUGCAAAGAAUGAGCUAGAGGCAGUGGCUAAAGAGAUCACAACCAACGGAUCUGAUGCAGAGAUGUUCUUUGCUGACGUCUCAGUAGAAGAUGAUGUAGAGAGGAUGGUAGAUGCCGUUGUUAGACUUAUGGGAGGGCUUGAUGUGAUGGUCUCCAAUGCUGGAAUAUGCAUUACAAAGCCGUUCUUGGAGACAACUAAGCAGGAUUUUGAGAGUCUAUUUGGCAUCAAUGUCGAAGGAACCUUCUUUUGCUACAAAUAUGCAGCAAUGCAAAUGAUCAGGCAAGGCCGUGGUGGAAGAAUUAUUGGCGCUGCUUCUGUCGCAUCGAAGCAAGGCCUUUCUAUGUUAAGUGCGUAUAGUGCUAGCAAGUUCGCAGUCCGAGGUUUAACUCAAUCUGCUGCUAUUGAAUUGGCAAAAUAUAACAUUACUGUCAACGCGUACGCCCCAGGGGCUGUCGACACCAACCUAUUAAAGGAGUUACGUGAGGCUUUCGUGCACGAUUCUCAAAAAGAAAAACCUUCCUCUGUUAGGACAAUGACACGGCUCCUUGACCGCGACUCCGUGCCGGAAGACAUUGCCGGUCUAGUUUCCUACUUGGCUUCCAAAGAAGCGGCGAUGAUUACAGGUGCGUGCAUCAGUGUCGCGGCACUGACCGAUAUCAGCAAGUUGACUUGUCUUCUUACGUCAUUUGAAGGUCAAAAUAUACCGUUCGCGCCAACUAAAGCACCGAUGCCAGAAAUUGCAAUCGUAACAGGAGCCUCUAGAGGUAUUGGACGAGCUAUUGCAGUUCGUCUGGCUAAGGACGGAUAUCACGUUGCUGUCAAUGAUCUGCCAUCCAGCAAAGACGAACUUGAAAAACUUCAGGACGAAAUUACGAGCUCUGGUGGCACAGCCUUAACUUUCUACGCCGAUGUAUCUGUCGAGGAGCAAGUUGAGAAGAUGGUGACUGAUGUCGUACAGGCUUUGGGUGGCCUUGACGUGAUGGUCGCCAAUGCCGGUAUCUGCAUUACAAAACCUUUCCUCAAAACGACGAAGGAAGACCUCGACCAUAUCUUAUCAGUCAAUAUAAAAGGCACAUUUUUUAGCUACAAGCAUGCUGCGAUACAAAUGAUCAAGCAAGGAAGAGGAGGAAGAAUCAUUGGUGCGGCGUCCAUCGCCUCAAAACAAGGAAUGUCAAUGUUAGGCGCAUACAGUUCUACUAAGUUUGCUAUACGAGGAAUGACCCAAUCGGCCGCUAUCGAACUGGCUCAGCAUAACAUCAGAGUCAAUGCAUAUGCCCCAGGAGGAGUGACCACCGAUCUACUUAAAGGGGUGUAUGAUGCCGUUGCCACUGAACAAAAGCAAGAAAAUUCAGCCUCUGUGUCGACUUUGGCACCCGUCAUAAACCGUGACUCAGCUCCAGAGGAAAUUGCUGGUCUCGUCUCAUAUCUUGUGUCGAAAGAUGCCGCAAUGAUUACGGGUCAAAGUGUUUCCAUUAAUGGGGGAUCGUUCUUUGACUAA